AUGACAGUGACAGUAGGCUGACAUUUGAUGUCAGUGUCAUUUAGAAAAAUCAAAGAGAAAAAACAAUAUUUGCAUUUUAUUGAGUUUUCCUCAGGAAGAAAAUGCGUUUUUUAACGAUAACUUUAUUGAAAAACUGUAAAUUUAAGUCAAGCAUAAGGACAGCCCAGCGGUCACUGAGCAGUUUACUGAAUCCUGAUGUCGCACCCAUUACAGGUGACCCCAAUCUCCUGCAGUUUAGUCCAACAUGGAAGGAAACAGAAGAAGAAAAGUUACGGGCCACCAUCCUGCAGGAUAUGCAGGUGUACCCAGAAUUUAUCACAGAACGGGAGGAAAUCGCUUUGUUAAAUGAGUUGGAGCCACAGCUAAGGCGCAUGAGAUAUGAGUUUGAUCACUGGGAUAAUGCGAUCCAAGGCUACCGCGAGACCGAGCGCAGUCAAUGGACGGAAGAGAAUUCUGUGGUGUUGUCGCGAGUACGCGGCCUGGCCUUCGGCGCGGACGGCGAGACGCUGCCGCACGUGCACGUGCUGGACCUCGCCGCCGCCGGACACAUCAAGCCGCACAUCGACGCCGUGCGGUUCUGCGGCGACGUGAUCGCGGGGCUGUGCCUGGUGUCGAGCGCGGUGAUGCGGCUGCAGCACGCGGCGCGGCCCGCGCUGGCGGCGGACGCGCUGCUGGCGCGGCGCGCGCUGUACGUCAUGCGCGGCGCGGCGCGCUACGACUUCACGCACGCGGUGCUGGGCGGCGCCGCCAGCUGCUGGCGCGGGGAGCCGCUGCCGCGCCAGCGCCGCGUGGCCGUCAUCUGCCGCAGCCGCCCGCGCCGCGACCUGCCGCCCCCGCCCGGGAAGGACGGCUGCGUCUAACGGCGGCCCAGCGACGACCACAUGGCGCGAUAUCUUGAGAUAGGUGCGGAUUACGCUUUCACUGCAGUAUUUUCCAUGUUACUGUAUUCCUGUUUUUUGUAUUGUGACCACAAACUAGUCAAAACCAUUCCCUUAUUUAAUUUGCGACUUAGACGACCAUUGUUUUAUGUAAUAUUAUAGGGUUAUGUAACAACCAAUUUUUAUAUUAGAUGAACAUUUAUAAAUGCACAAACACAAAUUUUCAUGAUUUUGAUCAUGCUAGUGUUCCUACUUAAAACAUUGUGAUAUUGUUAGUUGACAUUCAGGUAUUUUUACAUGACUUUUAGUAAUAUAAAGUUGUUAUAAUAAAGUAUUAUUGUUGUUGGAA